AUGGGGAAGAUGCUGGGCAAGAGCUGGCAGGAGUCGAGGCUGCUGUGGCACAUCGCGUUCCCGGCGAUCCUCACCGCCGUGUUCCAGUUCUCCAUCGGCUUCGUCACCGUGGGCUUCGUGGGGCACAUCGGCGAGGUCGAGCUCGCCGCCGUCACCGUCGUGGAGAACGUCGUCGAGGGCUUCGCCUACGGUGUCCUGCUGGGCAUGGGCAGCGCGCUGGAGACGUUGUGCGGGCAGGCGGUGGGCGCGGGGCAGGUGGACAUGCUGGGCAUCUACAUCCAGCGCUCCUGGAUCAUCUGCGGCGCCACCGCGCUGGUGCUCGCGCCAACCUACGUCUUCGCGGCGCCCAUCCUGCGUGCGCUCCACCAGCCCGCCGCCAUGUCUGCCGUCGCGGGGCGGUACACGCGGUGGGUCAUCCCGCAGCUGUUCGCCUACGCCGCCAACUUCCCGCUGCAGAAGUUCUUCCAGGCGCAGAGCAAGGUCUGGGCCAUGACCUUCAUCUCCGGCGCCGUUCUCGCCCUCCACGUCGUGCUCAACUACGUCUUCGUCACGCGCCUCGGCCACGGCCUCUUCGGCGCCGCCAUGAUCGGCAACGUCACUUGGUGGAUCAUCAUCGUCGCGCAGUUCGCCUACCUCGUCUCCGGCUGCUUCCCGGAGGCAUGGAAGGGGUUCUCGAUGCUCGCCUUCAGCAACCUCGCCGCCUUCGUCAGACUCUCCCUCGCCUCUGCCGUCAUGCUCUGCUUGGAGCUUUGGUACUACACUGCAGUGCUCAUCCUUGUGGGCCUCCUGAAGAAUGCUCAACUCGAGGUUGACAUCAUGUCAGUCUGCAUCAACUACCAGCUCUGGACCCUGAUGGUUGCACUAGGCUUCAAUGCAGCAGUGAGCGUUAGGGUGUCGAACGAGCUGGGCGCCAACAGGCCGAAGGCAGCCAGGUUCUCGGUGAUCAUGGCGGUGUCAACGUCCGCCGCCAUCGGGGCGGUCUUCCUGGUUGUGUUCCUCGUCUGGAGGACCGAGCUGCCGCGCUUCUUCAGCGACAACGACGAGGUGGUGAGCGAGGCUGCAAAGCUCGGCUACCUUCUUGCAGCAACCAUCUUCCUCAACAGCAUCCAACCUGUGCUCUCAGGUGUGGCGAUAGGAGCAGGGUGGCAGACGCUUGUUGCCUUCAUAAACAUUGGGUGCUACUACUUGGUUGGCAUCCCACUGGGGGUCCUCUUUGGCUUCAAGCUUAGACAUGGUGCAUUGGGGAUUUGGGUGGGCAUGUCCAUUGGCACGCUGCUGCAGACUGCUGUACUUCUCAUAAUUUGCUUCAGAACCAAGUGGGACAAACAGGCUAUGUUGGCCGAAGAGAGGAUAAGGGAGUGGGGAGGAAGCAGUGAUACAUUGCCGGCGGCGACAACAACGGUGACAAACGGUAGCAUAUAUAGAUGA